AUGAUGAUGAGCUCGAGUUGUAUUGCAGGGUGCUUAGAUGCCCAAGCUCCAGUUGAACUUAGCCUUGUGAAGCUCCAUCAAUGGGCUCAAGCAGACAGAGAGUUCUUGAGAAUGGUAACCAUGAACAGAGACACACAGAGUUCUUCAUCUUCUUCUCCUAUCCUCAGUAGUCCUUCAAGAGGUAAGAGCUAUGCUUGCAGACAAAGAUAUCUCAGAAGUUACACGUUCAGCAAGAAAGAAAGCCCUGCACAGAGAACAAAGAAGUGGCUUACGGAGAAGAAGAAGCAGAAGAAGGAAAAUUCUAAUGGCGGUUCUGGUACUGGGUCAUGUUCGUUCCUUGAUGUUGUUUUCAAACUUCUGUUCGUGUGUGUAGCUAAAGUAGAUGUUCAUGAGUUUUAG